AUGUUCCCCAAAGUCCUCAGCCUCCUGGGCCUUGGAUUCUGCCUGGGCCAGAAGAUCGGGACACACGCAGGCGGACAUGACAAGCCCUCCCUGUCAGCCUGGCCGAGCCCUGUGGUUCCGCUGCGAGGGAACGUGACCCUUCGGUGUCAUUCCUUCUCUCCGUUUACCUCAUUCAAACUAACCAAAAGAAAUGGGACCCCCAUUCCUGAGCUCCAGACACGUAACAUCAAAUCCGUCACCCUGAGCCCAGUGACCAGAGCCCAUGCAGGAUCUUACAGUUGUUCCAAAGACCACAGGAACACAUUGGGGUGGUCAGCACCCAGCGACGCCCUGGACAUCAUCGUCACAGGGGUCUUCAGAAAACCCUCCCUCUCAGCCCAGCCAGGCUCCCUUGUGCACAUGGGACAGGCUGUGACCCUGUGCUGUCACUCAGAACUCACGUUCGACAAGUUUAUCCUGCACCGGGAGGGGGACGCGUGGCUCCCCCAGCAGCUUGUAGAGAAGCUCCAUGACAGGACCAGACAAGCUCACUUUUCCGUGGGUCCCAUGACAUCUUCACGUGCAGGGGCCUACAGGUGCUACGGCUCUUUUGGUCACUUCCCCUAUGAGUGGUCAGCCCCCAGUGACCCCCUGAAGGUCGUGAUCAUAGGAAUACAGAAGAAACCAAGUCUCUCAGCUCAGCCAGGCCCCACGGUGACGUCAGGGCACAACGUGACCUUGUCCUGCCACUCCGACAGUCGAAGCGACCUGUACCAUCUCUGCAGGGCGCACGAGGCCCACGGGUGCUGGCCGGCCGGAGGGCAGAGUCACCAUGGCCUGUUCCAGGCAGACUUCCCGCUGGGCCCGGCGACCUCAGCCCACGGAGGGACCUACAGAUGCUACAGCUCUUUCGGUCACUCUCCCUAUGCGUGGUCAGACCCGAGCGACCCGCUGCACCUUGUUGUCACAGAAUCUUCUACAAGUGCUUUCCUGUCAGCUAGAGAGCCAAGCACCACGAAAGAGGCACAUCUUCCUCAAGAAAACUCCAGCAAGCUGUACACUCUCAUUGGAUUUUCCACAGCCUUCCUCUCCAUUGCUGUUUUCCUCGCUGCUCUUGUGUGUUACUGGUGUUCUAUCAAAAAUCGUGCUGCCUUUAGGGAACCAGAGCCCAAGAAAGGCCAGACGAUGAAUGGCGAGGACCCUGCAGCAGAAGACACGCACAAUGUGAUAUAUGCCCUGCUGACUCCCCAACAGAGAGGAUUCACGCCCUCUUCCCGGAGUCCUAAGAAUGUCUCCACUGAGCCCAGCAUCUACAUGGAACUCAAAGUAAACCAAGCCCAUGCUGAGGCCGAGCCUGGACCUGGGCUCUGA